CCGUGCCCGACCAUCGGCAUUGGCUUGUGAAUUUAGUUUACGGUAAACCUAGUCCAAUGGUGACUCCAGAAGAUCCUAGUAACUUUACCCCCGGUUGACGCGAAGCCGGAGCUCUGUGACAUUCCUUCUUGUCCCGCUGAGCCGAGCGUUUACCGACGCAGGCCAGCCCUCUGACGCAUUUUCAUGGCGCAUGCAACUCAAUAAGUACCUUGGCUUUGGCCUGGUGAUUCAUUUAGAGCUUCUGAAGAGCAGACUCUUUUUAAUCUUUCUCUCCCCCUUGAUUUUCAUUCUUUCUGAUUAUCUAUAUUCCGAUCAGACAAGGGGACUAUAUCAUAGUACCUACUGUAUUAUAUUAUUGCAAUUCUUUCUAUAUCUACCCACUUUUAAAAACCCCUUACUAUCUUCAUCACCAUGGGUUAUCUCGAAGACGAGGACAAGAAGUACCAGGACGACGUCCAGGCCGUCAAGGCCUGGUGGACCGAUUCCAGAUGGCGACACACCAAGCGCCCUUUCUCAGCAGAGCAGAUUGUGGCCAAGCGUGGAAACCUAAAGAUUGAGUACCCGUCGAAUGUCCAGAGCAAGAAGCUUUGGAAAAUUUUGGAGAGCAACUUCGAGAAAAAAGUUGCUAGCUUCACCUACGGCUGUCUCGAACCCACAAUGGUCACCCAGAUGGCAAAGUACCUUGACACCGUCUAUGUCUCUGGCUGGCAGAGCUCUUCCACUGCUUCCUCUACCGAUGAGCCGUCCCCCGAUCUUGCUGAUUACCCCAUGAACACUGUGCCAAACAAGGUAAACCAGCUCUGGAUGGCCCAGCUGUUCCAUGACCGGAAACAGCGCGAGGAGCGGAUCACGACACCCAAGGAGAAGCGCGGAAAUGUGGCAAACGUUGACUACCUGCGUCCCAUCAUUGCUGACGCUGACACCGGACACGGUGGUUUGACCGCUGUCAUGAAGUUGACCAAGCUUUUUGUUGAGCGCGGUGCUGCCGGUAUCCACAUUGAGGACCAGGCCCCUGGUACCAAGAAGUGUGGCCAUAUGGCUGGAAAGGUUCUUGUGCCCAUUAGCGAACACAUCAACCGUUUGGUCGCCAUCCGUGCGCAGGCAGAUAUCAUGGGCACCGACCUUCUUGCCAUUGCUAGAACCGACGCGGAAGCUGCUACUCUCAUCACCUCUACCAUCGAUCAUCGCGACCAUGCCUUCAUCGUCGGCUCCACCAACCCCAACCUUAAGCCUCUCGUAGAUCUCAUGGUGGCUGCCGAACAAGCUGGAAAACAGGGAGACGAGCUGCAGGCUAUCGAGGACCAGUGGGUUGCCCAGGCUGGCCUGAAGCUUUUCAACGAUGCCGUCAUUGAGGUCAUCAACAAGGGUGCCCACUCUAACAAGCAAGCCCUCAUUGAUCAAUACCUGAAGGCCGCCAAGGGCAAGAGCAACCUUGACGCUCGCGCGAUCGCCAAGAACAUCACUGGACAGGAAAUCUACUGGAACUGGGAUGCUCCUCGUACCCGUGAGGGCUACUACCGGCUCCAGGGUGGCACCCAGUGUGCCAUCAACCGUGGUAUUGCUUACGCUCCAUUCGCCGACCUCAUCUGGAUGGAGAGCAAGCUCCCCGAUUAUGCCCAGGCUAAGGAGUUUGCCGAGGGUAUCCACGCGGUUUGGCCCGAGCAAAAACUUUCCUACAACUUGUCGCCUUCGUUCAACUGGAAGAAGGCCAUGCCCCGCGAUGAGCAGGAGACUUACAUCAAGCGCCUGGGUGCUCUGGGUUACUGCUGGCAGUUCAUCACCCUUGCUGGUCUGCACACCACCGCCCUCAUCUCUGACCAGUUCGCCAAGGCCUACUCCAAGCAUGGCAUGCGCGCUUACGGCGAAUUGGUCCAAGAGCCGGAGAUGGAACAGGGAGUCGACGUGGUUACCCACCAGAAAUGGAGUGGUGCCAACUAUGUGGAUAACCUCCUGAAGAUGGUCACCGGCGGUGUUAGCAGCACCGCGGCCAUGGGCAAGGGUGUGACGGAAGAUCAGUUCAAGCACUGAGCUCAGCUCACAAGCCACUUUUGAUGAUUUUGUUGUGUUUUUAGCCGACUUUGAGUACCCACUAGGAGUUUUUGAUGUAUAGAUUGUAGCUCCCUUGACAAAAGGAUCGAUUUUUCAUAGCAUGAUCUAGUUAUCGCAUUCUUCUUUUUCUUCGUGCAGCAAGCUCAUUCGUAGUACCUCGGUAGAGUGCGUAUCCUUAGCGGUAUUUCCAUACUAAAGAGAAAGGC